AGCAGUUUCAGUCAGAUCCCCUCAAUGUGCCUGUCAAUAGCUGGCACAGUAACAGCAGCACAAUCGGUCUCAGAAACUCUGCUUGAUUUUAUUUGUGCACAGCAUCAAGUUUAGCUGUGAGUUUUGUUCUACAGCCUUUUUUGGUCUUCAUAUAUAGAUUAUUUAAUCUAAGAUCUUAAGAGAUGUGUUGUACAGGAAAGUGUGCGCGGUUAGUAGGUUUGAUUCUGCUGCCCUCAGCGUUUGCAUGCAUGUUAGCCAACCUGCUGCUGUUCUUCCCCAAUGGUGAGCGUCUGGAGAAUAGUCAGAUCUCGACGCAGGUCUGGCUCAUGGGAGGACUGAUCGGUGGAGGACUGUUUAUGCUGUGUCCAAGCUGUUCUGCUAUCAGAGCUGGGGGCAAGGGUUGCUGUGGGAAAGGUUGCUGUGGGAACCGCUGCCGUAUGCUGAAUUCUGUGUUCUCCUCUGCGUUUGGUCUGAUUGGGGCGAUAUACAGCACCAGCGUUGCAUCUGCAGGACUGGCUAUUGGACCAAAAUGCAGAGUGUCUGAUGAGACCUGGAAGUACCCCUUUGAGGACGCACCCCAAGGAAACAGCAGUUACUUAGUGGAUAAAUCUUUGUGGUCUGUCUGCGUGUUCCCGGAGAAUGCAGUUCUUUGGCAUAUCGUUCUUUUUUCCAUAAUCUUGGGGCUGGGCACGGUGCAGGUGGUGCUCCUCGCCAUCCAGGUCAUCAAUGGUUGCCUGGGCUGCUUCUGUGGGGACUGCAGAAACAGCAAAGAGGAUGAUGGAGGAUUGUGAAAAGAAGAUUUUAUGGAUGAUGAGUUAUUCAUAUGCCAGACUUCUUUUUCCAUACAUGUAUGCACACUAUAUUUAUGCUAUAAGUACAUGUAUGGACACCAGCUUCCACAUUUACAUAUUAACUUGACGAUAUGUUAAUUCAGUACCAGUA